AUGGAGAAACUAAUUCGCGAACGAAAAUCCCUUGAGCCGCGACUCAAGCGCGUACAUGACACGGUGGUGAAAAUCCAGCCAGAAGCGGCUGAGGAAAUUGACGUGCAAUCGGAACUCGAUACGCUCAAUGACAUUUGGGCUGCGUAUUGUUCAGUGCAUAAAAGAAUUCUAGAUGCUUGUACGAAUGAUGAAACGUACGAAGAGGCCAUUGAAUGCCAGUGUAGAUUCGAAGAAGCUUAUGUCCGGUUAAAAAACCGACUGUUAAAAUUGCUUAAAGUGAUAAAAUUGGCUGAUAGUAAUCGUGAGGAGCGGCCGCCGUCCCAGAUUGACGUGAUCACGCAACUUGCCCAGCAGCAAGCCGAGCUUCUAAAUAUGAUGUCCACACGUAUGGUUCUUGCUACCAGCAGCACAGCUGCAUCACCAGAAGCUGCCAUCGCACCCACUCCCUUGUCGGACCUGAAGCUGCCCCCGAUGACCUUGCCUGUGUUCAGUGGUAACUAUCUCGAGUGGCAGUCAUUCAUUGAUCUUUUCAACAGCAUGGUUCAUCAAAACCCAUCGCUGAAAGAUAGCCAGAAACUAUACUUCCUGAAAACAAAUCUUUCUGGUGAAGCUGCAUCCCUAAUUUCACACUUGAAAAUCGAGGAUGUAAAUUACAGUCCCGCCUUACAAAAACUUAAAUCGCGCUACGACAAGCCACUCGAGAUCGCUCACAAGCAUAUUGAACGCUUUCUAAGCCAGCCAGCCCUGACAUCAUCGUCUGCUGAUGGCUUACGUUCACUGCAUGACGUUAGAGUCCUCCAAGCCAUGCAACGAGAGGAUCAGGACACAUGGCUUUUAUUUAUCCUUAUUGAGAAGUUGGAUCGGGAAACCAAACAGCUAUGGUACCAACGAGUUGCUGAUAUGCAAGAAGCGAACAUCACGCUGCAGUGUUUCCUCCACUUCAUAGAUUCUCGCAGUUUUGCAUUACAAUCGGCGCAGCCCCCCAAACAUGGAGCCGUUGCUGCCCAAAAACCUCCUGUGAAACCAUCGUAUAGAGGGGCAACUGCAUUCAUCACCACAAAUGCACCGCCAGUAUGCAACGUUUGUGCAAAAUCGCCACAUCCACUUUAUCAAUGUGGCAAAUUCAUUCACAUGAGCCCCGAGGAAAGGCUGUCAACAGUCAGCAGACAAAGGCUGUGCAAAAAUUGCUUGAAGCAGCACCUUGGAGAAGUAUGCAGAUCGGGAAAUUGUAGAAAAUGUGGCCUACUGCAUCACACGCUUCUGCAUGCCGCAUUUGAGCCAUCAGAUCAUCAACCAAGCCCGUUUACGUCGUAUGCCGUACAUGCCAACAAUGGUCCGGCCGCCCAGUCGCUAAUUUCGGCCCUUGAUCCCACUGCUAAUCUCGACGCGUCAAAUGUUCUUCUCGCGACCGUAGCCAUUAAUGUGUUGGACAAAUAUGGACGACCGCAUGCAUGUCGCGCAGUUCUGGAUUCCGCAUCUCAAGUAAGUUUCAUCAGUAAGAGCUUCUGCGACGAACUUGGCCUGGAUCUAAUGGAAGCAGACAUGGAUCUGGAGGGAAUUUCAUCCAUGCCUGCACAUGCCGACAAAUGUGCGCAAAUCGUUAUAGCAUCUCGAUGCACGGAUUAUCGCACUGCUGUCCCGUGUAUGGUGUUGGAAGAAAUCGUUAAAACAUUGCCAGCGAAACCAGCCGAUAUUGACCAAUGGUCCAUACCUGAUUCAAUUGAGUUAGCUGAUCCACUUUUUAACCGCCCCGUUACUCGAGCCAGGAAAAAUCAAUCUCAGCAUAGGCUACCUACAUUACAAAACACCAAAUUAGGGUGGGUGGUAGCCGGUCGCUAUCGAAACAGCGCUCCGCUAUCGAACUUGAAGGUGUCGACGUGCUUGUUGGCUUCCUCUGAUGAUGGUCUUUGCCAACAGCUGCGAAAAUUUUGGGAAAUAGAAGAGUAUGCUGUACCUAAAAUUCACAUCAGUGAGGAGGAAAGGCGCUGCGAGGAGCAUUUCUCAAUGCAUACGGUUAGGAAUAACAUUGGAAAAUUUACCGUUCGUUUGCCAUUUUUGCACCCACCGAGUCAACUUGGCGAUUCGAGACAGAUGGCUGUUAGACGUCUGGAACACAUGGAAAGGAAACUGCACCGGAAUCCACUCCUCAAGCAAGAGUACCAUGCAUUCCUCCGCGAGUAUCUCGAGCUUGGGCACAUGACUAUUUCGGAACAUGCAAAUCCCACAGAGGUCGUCUACUUACCCCACCACUGUGUGAUAAAGGAAGCCAGCUCAACGACGAAAUGCCGCGUUGUAUUUGAUGCUUCUGCGAAAACUACAAGCGGAAAAUCUCUUAACGAUAUUCUCAUGGCUGGUCCAGUCUUGCAAGAUUCGCUGGUGAACAUUCUUCUACGCUUUCGAAUUCCUACUAUUGUGAUUACCGGCGAUAUCAAGCAAAUGUAUCGAAUGAUUGAAGUGCACCAAGAUGAUCGUGAUUUCCAACGGAUUUUGUGGCGAUGGUCAAGCGACGAGCCGGUGAAGGAAUAUCGGCUAAAUACUGUAACCUACGGAACUAAAAGUGCUUCCUAUUUGGCCACAAAAUGCGUGCAGCAGUUGUUGGAGUCCCACAGACUGAUGUAUACGGAGGCAGUGGAAAAGGCAGAACGGGGCACAUAUGUGGACGACAUUUUAACAGGUGCUGAUUCAGAGGAGGAAGCCAUUCUACUUCGCCAGCAGCUCUCAACAAUUUUAGCUUCUGGUGGUUUUCACCUCCGAAAGUGGGCGUCAAAUAGUGUAGAAGUCCUCAACGCGAUCCCGGCUGCUGAUCGGGAAAUAAACACAACUAUAGAACUGAACAACACCCGCACCAUCAAGGCCCUCGGCAUCUACUGGCAGCCGUGCAGCGACGAGUUCCUGUUCUCUAACAUACCGAAUCAGAUCUUUCAGCCCACGAAGCGGACCAUGCUUUCGCAAAUCGCCAGUAUCUUUGACCCAUUAGGGCUUCUGGCGCCAAUAGUCAUCAAAGCGAAAAUGGUCAUGCAACAGCUCUGGGAACUGAAGGUGGACUGGGACGAAGCUCCCCCCGGUGAGUUAGUUCAAGUUUGGUUGACAUUCGUGCAAAGCCUUUCCGAUCUUAAUUCCUUACAGGUACCCCGACGAGUGAUCGGCACGCAAGCCGCCUCUCGAUUAUAUCUGCACGGCUUCAGUGAUGCAUCCGAGCGAGCCAUGGGUGCGUGUGUCUACAUUCGUGCGAUAGACAACGACGGCAACACAUCAUCACAUCUGCUGUGUGCGAAAUCUAAAUUGGCGCCCAUUGGAAAUGGACGAACAACACUACCUCGGUUGGAGCUGUGCGCCGCAGUGAUCCUGUCCAGACUAAUAGCGAAUGUGAAGGAAGCCCUAACCAUACCCUUUCAUGAAAUACGUGCGUACUCGGACUCAACGGUGGCGCUGGCGUGGAUCGCGGGUGGUGCUUCAAGGUGGAAAACGUUCGUCGCAAAUCGUGUGGCAGAAAUAACUACGCAUCUUCCUGCAGUAAACUGGAAUCAUAUCGACACCCGUAGCAACCCCGCCGAUCUGAUCUCUCGGGGUACUCUACCAGAGCAAACCAUCAACAGCGCUCUCUGGUGGCAUGGCCCGUACUGGAAUGCUUGUCCAAACAUAGAUAAUUCCGCGCCCACGGUCGCUCUUGACGAUAAGCAACAACGACAGGUAGAAAGGGAACAGCGUUCUGCAGCAGUGACGUAUCUGGUGGUUUACGAAAACGACUUUCUCGACGGGAUGCUGGCCAGAUAUUACCCUAAACUCCAACAUCUUUUACGUAUUACUGCCUGGAUGAUUCGCUUUCGACAUCGCGAGUAUCGAGCCGCCAGGUUAACAGCAUACGAAAUCGACAACGCUAUGCAACUCUAUGUGAAACACGUUCAGAGGUUGCAAUUCGCGAAGGAAAUCAAUCAACUAGAGAAGCAUCAUGAGGUGCAUCACACCAGUCCACUUCGACAGCUGAAACCGUUCCUGGAUGAAGCACAUCUCCUCAGGGUGGGCGGUAGGUUACAGCUGUCAGAUCUCAGCUACGACACGAAGCAUCCGAUCUUGCUGCCCCACCGCUCAAUUCUCACUGCGCUCGUUCUCCACCACGAGCAUAACCAGCUGUUUCAUUGCGGCCCCCAAUCGCUAUUGGCAGCUGUACGAAAGCGUUUUUGGAUUAUUAGCGGUACCAGCGCCGCUCGCAAGACUUGCCGAUCCUGCGUCGAGUGUGUACGAGCGAAGCCAGUACCAAUUCAUCAGCUGAUGGGCCAGCUACCAGCAGACCGCCUGAAGCCAGUUCCUCCUUUCUCCAUCACCGGUGUGGAUUACGCUGGGCCAAUCAAUGUUGUCAGUCGUCGAACGCGAGGUGCUGUAGCUACAAAGGGCUAUAUCGCACUAUUCGUCUGCUUCUCAACUCGAGCGGUACAUCUAGAAGCAGUUUCGGAUCUCACUACGUCCACAUUCAUUGCGGCGUUCACUCGCUUCAGCUGCCGAUAUGGACUGCCGAACAAGAUGUACUCUGACAACGCCACUAAUCUUCGGGGUGCAGCUAGAAAACUUCGUGAGUUAUACCAGCAGAUUAAUUUAAUCGAACAUGAGAACCAAAUAGCAGAUUAUUUUGCGGACGAAGGCAUUGAGUGGUCAUUUAUUCCCGCUCGUUCUCCCCACCACGGUGGACUGUGGGAAGCAGGGGUGAAGGUGGCGAAGAGCUUGCUAAACAAGCUAGGAGGUGAUUCUCGUUUCACGUUCGAAGAGUUAAGUACGGUUCUCUCGCAAGUAGCAGCUUGUAUGAACUCUCGUCCUAUCACCCCAUUGUCGAAUGAUCCCAACGAACCACAACCUCUCACGCCAGCGCACUUUCUCAUCGGUCGGACCUUGAAUGCUGUUCCAGAGAUCAACCAGCUGGAGCGACAGAUCGGAUCUUUGAACAGGUGGCAAUAUGUACAACGAGUCACCCAGGAGUUCAGAGUUCGGUGGCAGAAUGAGUACGUUCUAUUGCUUCAACGUAUGGUAAAAUGGCAGCAUACUACACCGAAUGUUACUGUCGGUGAGUUUGUUCUGCUGAUUGCCGAUAACGAAAAGGCUAAGCAAUGGCCGAUAGGUCGUGUCGUAGACACCUUUCCUGGCCCUGACGGACGCAUUCGAGUAGUGGCCGUUAAAACUACCAACGGUAUUUCACGGCGUGAUGUCAGGAGAAUUCGGAGAAUCCCAUUAGAAGAUGAUGAGUACGUACCAGGACGGAACGGAGCAGAAAUUCCUCGCAGUAAUUUGGUGGGCGGUUUAUGUUACGGCGGAACGCAUUUCAAUCCCAACAAUCCAUUACAUACUCACGAAGUGCGAUUUCCAAUAACCGGUUUGGCAAAAUCCUUCAUCGUACAUAUCACCGGCAGCGUUCUAAGCACCGAGGACGACGACGACGACAAAUGGCAGACCAAAUAG